AGCAUUCCGUCAAUAAAUAUUUCAAACAAUAACGACGAAACCAUUCAAGUUCACGAACCAAUUGUCACUGUUAUUGAAUCGGACAGAAUACAUUUGACAUGUUUUUCGAAGAGCAAACCAUUACCUACAUUCUCAUGGGAGGGUGAUCGAUCAGAUAAUACACAUGCGACGAAUAUAUUGGCAUUUCAGAACAUAUCCCGAAACGAAACUGGGUCGUAUACAUGUAAAGUAGGAAAUGUUAUGAGGAGAUCAUUUGGCAAAAUUGAUGAAGGGAAAAACAAGUCAACGAUACAUUUAAACGUAUUAUAUCCAGCAAUCAUUAUGCCUACUGGAGACAGAAGUAUUGCCGAGGGAUCGCAGUUGUCUUUGUCAUGCCCUGUUAUAAACGGGAAUCCUCCAAACUUCACAACUUGGUCCAGACGCACCGAUCAAAGAUUAUGGAACCAAACAUUAUAUAUUCAGAAUGUUUCACGAGCAGACGACACUGUCUACAGUUGUAGUGUAAUAACGGAGAUGUUUCCUACCAUCGGGAGUCCUUUGAGAGUUGAAAGAAAAAAUUCGUUUCAUCUUAAUGUUUUCUUUCAAUCUGAGAUAAUAAAGUUUUCCGUAUCAACAACAAGUUCGGUGAAAAUUGUUGUGAUUAACAGAACAGAAAAUACAUCAUUUAUCUGUAUUGCUGUAGCAAAUCCUCCGUCGGACUUGUCUAUUAAAGACCCAGCGGGUGAUAUAAUUUCAGAUGUAUCAAAGCAAAAUACUGCACACCAUACAAUACAUAAUGCUUCAUAUAUAAAUGCGGGAGAGUAUAUAUGCACUGGAAGGAACAACUAUACAAGUGGCCAACCAACAAGUUCAAAGCUGAUUCUUAUCGUUAGAACUCAGCCAAGACCGUCUUCUGACGACACAAGCGUUCAGAAAGUGUCCACAGCUUUGUUCAUUGAUGCAAAACUACAAUUUGUAGCUUGGAAUUAUCUUGACAAACCAAAUGAAACAGUUUUCAGUUGGUUUAAGGAAAAUGUAUCAAUACCCGACAACGACAGUAAAUACAUGGUUCAUUCAAAUGAACUACAAACAAAUAUUACAAUUAGGAACACAACUCAACAAGAUUUAGGGCUUUAUAAAUUAAACGUUCAAAACUCAGUAGGAACGUAUACUCACUUUUAUGAACUGAAAGCAACAGAUACGCCGGAGACACCGCGGGACUUUCGUGUCAUUAACGACUCACUAACAGACAGGUCUGUAACAUUGACAUGGAGUCCAGGUUUUAAUGGGGGAUUUCAACAAAUAUUUGUUAUAAUCUACAGAAAGAAGAAUGCAAAUAUAUGGUUGGACAAAUCAACCAAAGAUAAUGGUGAUAAAAGCAUGAACUAUACUUUAUAUCAUUUGACCAGCUCGACAGAGUAUGAAAUUGAAAUGUUUUCAAAGAACAUGGAAGGAUAUUCAAAUCUUACAGAGCGUCUUCGGUUUAAAACUAAAGAAGCUUUCACAUCAGAAGCAACAUUACAGUCGGGAGACAGAAGUGGUAUUAUAGCAGGGAGUAUAUCUGCUGUUGUUAUAGUUGUUGUAAUAGUCGGUGGUGUGUUGUUCCUUCAGAGAAGGAAAUUUGUGUUUUCUCGUAGCAAAAGUCAUACAUCAGGUGUCACUGACAGUCGCCAUGUUAUAUCGACAACCAAAAGUCACGUCUCACCAGAAUACACAGAUUUCGAUGCAAGUAAGAGAGAUAUAAAUGUAUAUGAUAAGCUUCAUGUACCAACUGUCAGCGCAUAUGAACGGCUUGAUACAGCAACACUUGGGCCAACUACAUACAUGGAGUUGAAAGAUACCAAGAAAUUAAAUACGGACGCUUCCGACUACGUUAAUAUAAGAAUAUAAACAAUUUAAUCGAUAUUGACGAAUUGUGUUUUUUAAACUUGUUCUACAUGACACCAUUGUUAAAUUAUGGCUUAACCAAAAUUUAGUGUACGGUUUUGUCGAAAUUUGCACUUUUCUCAAUUAAAUUGUCAUUACAUUCAUCGAGCUUAAUGAUUGUAUCUUGUAAAAAUAUUUAACUUGUGUAAAAAGAAUUAGAAUUUUUACUUUACCCCCAUAUUUUAAACGCUUGUUUUGACAUUUUCAUGUUGACAGCGCUUAAUUCUAGAUAUCGUCAAAAUUGACUAAUUUACUAAUUUUAGGGCUUUGUAAGUUGAUCCUUAUGGUAGAUUUUCAAUGCGAACACUUGUUCCUCAAUCAGAAAACCAUGAACAAACGUUCAAAGGGAGAUAACAGAAAUUUAAGUACAGGCAAUAAAUUAUACUUGCUGUCCAUCAGUCCAUUUAAUAAAAUCUCAUAACAGUCAUAAUGUUGGCAAUCAUAUAAUGUCAAAUAGUACAUUGUUGAAGAUUAAACAAACCAUUGAUAAUUUUGUUGACAGUAUGAAGUAUAAUAUGUGGCAAUAAACAACGAAAUAAUUAGUUAUCAUAAUGAUUGUUUUCGGUUAGCUUGAGAUACAUUAUCUGAUAUCAUAUAUGUAUAAUAAUAAUGAUAAUAAAUUGCUCUAUAACUAGAUAUUAUUUUUCAUCAUAUAUUUUUAUUUUACUAAAAGCUCUUAGAACUCGAUCAACUUUUUUUUUCAGAACGAUUUAUACUAAUGUCUACACUAUACAUUGUAAUUGUUUUAUCAAUAUUCGAAAUACGAAAAGAAAUAAUUGCAAAAUUUGUUGACCAACCCACUUAAAAUGGUGAAACUAUAACAAUUGGAAAUUAGGGUACGUCUGAAUUAGUUGCCAAUUUGUAUAAUCUAUUAACUAUCAUAUGAAUUGAAAUACCAUAAUCUGGGAAACUUUACACGGAAGAACAAAAAUCAAAAGUGCGAUGUCCUGAUUUGCUUUAGGUUCGUCAACAAAACCUUUGGAUAUUUAUCAAAUGUAAAUACUGUAACAAAACGUGUCUGUUAUAAAAAAUGAAUAUCUGUAUGGAAAAAAAACAAUAAUCAAACGUAGUGUUGUAAUGUUUUACUUUGUACCAAUUUUUUGAUUUGCGACAUCGAUGAUAUAUAUAUAAACUGUUUUAUUUUU